AUAUCGUCAUGGGGAGGUCCUAAUCUGUUGUAGCAGCUGGGAGCAUUUUACCACGUGAUGCGAGAGAUGUUAGAGCAGCCAUCACCAUUUCACCCAAUUCAUGUCCAGGCUGAAAUGCUAAAAGGUGAGCCGACAAGCUAAAGGUAAACUACUAUGAAGUAGACGUAGACUCCGACGCCUCGCCCGGUCUCAUCCGCCACGCCGCUUCACAACUCAACCAGGUCAACAAACAGGCUAAAUUCAGGUGGACUCCAUCUAAAUUGAACCUUACAUGAGAAACAAGUGUCUCCCUGGCUCAGCAAACCCAACAAGCACUUCCUCUUGCAUUUUAAUCAGCUCCAAACCAACCCAGGGCCCCAAGAACCCCAACCUGCCCAGGCCUGGCUCUAAGCCCCCCAAAACACAUUCCUCCACAAGCCACCUUUUCAUUCCACUGAUGGUUAUGUUUCUUUUUAAGUACAAGAUUGCCUUCAAACAAUAUUUGUCUUACCUCGAUGGUCUGCAUCAGGGACUGGACAACAAACUUUCAUCUUGGGCCGAGGGAGCAAAGUGGAGGAGAGGGUCUGAGGCUAAUUUACUCCCCCCAUUAGUCACUGAGGAGGGGGGGGAGGGAGAAGCUGCUAUAAACACCUGGAGCAUGGGGCAGAAAGUCCCAGGUGGCAUUAAAACCAUUGAUAUGCGGGACCCAGCAUUCAGCCCCCUUAAGUUGGAGCUUCAGGCCCUGAAUCACACCAAGCCGUCUCGACUGGAUCUGCUGCUGGACAUGCCACCCGUCAGCCUGGACGUCCAGGUCCAGCACUCAUGGAACAACGAAGACCGCUCCCUCAACGUCUUUGUCAAGGAUGACAACAAGCUGGUGUUUCACAGGCACCCUGUGGCGCAGAGCACGGAUGCCAUCCGUGGCCGUGUUGGCUACACAAGGGGACUGCAUGUGUGGGAGAUCAGCUGGGCCAUGCGUCAGAGGGGCACUCAUGCAGUGGUUGGAGUGGCUACAAGUGACGCUCCUCUGCAUUCAGUGGGCUACACAGCUUUGGUGGGAAGCAACGCUGAAUCCUGGGGCUGGGAUUUGUGCAGGAGUAAACUCUACCACGAUGGCAAGAAUAUCCCAGGAAAAACCUACCCUGCCUUCCUCGAACCAGAUGACACCUUCAUAAUACCAGACUCUCUUUUAGUAGUUCUGGACAUGGAUGAGGGGACUCUGGGUUACAUAGUGGAUGGACAUUAUUUAGGGGUGGCAUUUAGAGGACUUAAAGGCAGGAAGUUGUACCCCGUGGUGAGCGCCGUGUGGGGACAUUGUGAAAUACGAAUCCGGUACAUAAAUGGACUUGAUCCUGAACCCCUCUCUCUGAUGGACCUGUGUAGGCGUUCGGUGAGGGUGGCGUUAGGAAGAGACCGCCUGAGUGAAAUCCAUAGACUGCCCCUGCCGGCCUCUCUCAAGAACUACCUGCUCUACCAAUGACGAAGCUGAGAACCACAUGCUCAGCACACCCUCGUUUCUUUCUUGUCUUUUCUCUGGGAUCAUUCGUGGGUUUAACCCGUUUGACAGCAUUACUCAAGUCUUCGGGACUGCCUCAGCAAGUACACUUCUGUCAGUGGCUGGACUUGUUUUGAGUUUGUUAUCCUGUUUUUAUGACUCUUUGCAACUGUUUUCUCUAACGCUACAAAAUCAGGAAUCACUGAGCACUAUGCACAUGCUGAUCCAGUCAAUGCCCUGACAGAUGCCAUGUUUAACCAUCUCCAAUUUGUUGGUUAAUGUGGUAAAAGUGGUCAGUGCCUCUGCUGUGACCUCCCAUACUUUUUUCAUUUAUGCAUUCCUGUCAUGUAGCUUUUGAAAGUGAAAUGUUAUAGUGAUACAGUGUUUUAAGACGACACCAAGGUGAUGAACAUUGAACUUUAUAAGUUGACAUAUUAGUGUACUGCUAUUAUCUGGCCACAAGGUGGCAGCACACCAUUGUCAACAGUACAUUGUCUCAAAUUGAGCAUUAUCUUGUUUUUAGAAAUUGUUUUUAAGAUGGAUAAUAUUUCCUGUUUGCACAACACAAAAGAGAUACUGACCACUCUGGAGAGCCUCUAGGGCAGGAUGGAUGAAUGGGCUGCCAGGCAUCUAGAGCAGCACUGACCACUCACUGCACUGUCUGGUUUCUCUGAUGUGGAUGUGUCCUAUCAGGCAGCCAACAGGAACUUUAUCAGCUUUUUUUUUUUUAAUGAUAUAUUGUCACUGUGAUUAUCUGUAGCAUGCACCUGCAGGAAACUUCUCAACAUACACGUCAUUUUUAUCAUUCGUCACUCCUGCGUUUUUUAGUACGGUAGUUUUCAGCCACCUGCUGUUGAGGCCCAAGAGUGUUCAAUUCCACCAGUCUCUCCAUCUGUUGAUCACUGGUUUGCACAUAGAAACCAGAGAAUAGGAAAACCGUGUGUAAUAGUUGGCUUACUCUAGGGUCCCUCUGGCACAUAGCUGAGAACCACUGGUGUUGUGUUUUGUGUUUUCGAAAUGUAAAGGGGGGUGGGCAGGGUUUUGGAAAAUGGGCUAUGUAGGAAUUUACAAACUCUGGUUUUUAAAGCACCAUAAAGACAAAAUGACAAUCUAUGAAGUGCUGCACAAAUAUAACAAAAGAUGAGAUUGUGAACAUAUUGUCAAAUGCCAUAUCAAGACUUUAGUAUUUUCAAACUGUACAGGACUUGUACGCAUUCAGCCCUCUGAAUGUGAACACACUGUGCUACACCUUACUUUUCCUUGCUUGCAGCUUCCACUUGAUUUAUAUUCCUUGUUGUAGAUAUUAAAGUUUAUUUCAAAUGA